GGAGGGCCGUCGAGCUAACCGCUGCUGCUGCAUGAAUACCGCGAGAGUAGGAAGCACACCCUGACCUGCCACCAGUGCCAGCGAGCCAGUCUGCGUGGACAGACACAAACAUGUCGGGGAAGAGUUUUCGAGUCAGCGACGGUGACUGGAUAUGUCCAGACAAAAAAUGUGGAAACGUGAACUUUGCAAGAAGAACGAGUUGUAACAGAUGUGGAAGAGAGAAAACCACAGAGGCCAAGAUGAUGAAAGCAGGAGGAACGGAGAUUGGGAAGACUCUUGCGGAGAAGAGUAGAGGCCUUUUCAGUGCAAAUGACUGGCAAUGCAAAACAUGUGGCAAUGUGAACUGGGCUCGAAGAUCAGAGUGCAACAUGUGUAACACACCGAAAUAUGCCAAGCUUGAAGAAAGAACGGGUUAUGGUGGAGGCUUCAAUGAGAGGGAGAAUGUGGAAUAUAUUGAACGGGAGGAAUCGGACGGGGAAUAUGAUGAGUUUGGUAGGAAAAAGAAAAAGUACCGUGGGAAGAGUAACAGCACAUCUUCCUCAAAAGAAGUUGAAAAGAAAGAGGUGCCAAAAGUUGAAGCUGAAGUUGAAGAUGAGGAGGAAGAGGAAGACGAGGAGGAGGAAGAGGGUGACCUGUCUAAAUACAAACUGGAUGAUGAUGAUGAAGAGGAUGAUGGUGACCUGUCAAAGUACGAUCUUGAUGCCAGUGACGAGGACGACAAGCCAGCUAAGAGAAAGGAGAGCCGCUCUGGUUCUUCACGCUCCCGCUCUUCUUCCCGCUCCUCCAGCUCCAGUUCUCGGUCGAGGUCCAGGUCCCGUUCUAGAAGCUCAUCCAGUUCCAGGUCUGGAUCUCGCUCAAGGUCUCACUCCAGAUCAAGCUCCAGGUCUGGAAAGGGCUCCUCUCCCCAGAAGAGGUCCCACUCACCCUCCUCCUCACCUGAUAGGGGACAGAAGCGCAGUCGCUCCAGGUCCUCAUCUGGAGGGAGGAAACGGAGGCGCUCUAGAUCACGUUCGUCCGAAAGGCGCCGCCACCACUCUUCUGGAUCCUCCCAUUCUGGCUCCAGUUCAAAAAAGAAAUAACUUUAUUAUGGCCUUUAAACCAAGAAAAGGAAUCUUAGUAGAAGUGCAUGUUGUGUUGCAAAAAAAACAACCACCAGAUUCAUUCUCAAACAAUUUCCUAAGUCUUACUUCCGUCAGAAAACACAGUGGCAACAUGACUUCACUUUGCCGUAUCCCACAUUCACCCUUUUUAAAACAUACAUACUUCCCAAUCUGUGACAAGUGUUUGUAACUAUAGGUGUCCAAUAAACAUUAAUGUUUGGUCCUAUAAGAUAAUCAGAUAUACUGUAUUCCAUUUUAAACCCGUUCUGUUGAAAACCUUCCUUGCAAGUAAAUUUAGUUGUACCCAUUUCUUGGGAAAUUGGAACAACACUUAUAAAGUAUAUGUUUGGCCAUAGCAAACACCAUAGAUUUUCCUUUUUUUUUUUUUAAUAAAUAACUUUUUCUUUUUUAAUAAGAAAUUGGAAUACUUAUGCACCGAUUUAAAAGACGUCAUGUAGCCAUGAAUUUGGGUGUAUUUGUUUUAUUAGAAAAUAUAUAUUUUCUGUUUUCAAGGUAAGUAUUUUACUUUUUAAUAUUGCUUGUUCUAAGGAAACAGUAAGUUGAAGAUUAUUUGGUUUAGAUUUAAAUGUACUUUUCUUUGGCCUGUUUUGACAAUAUUGUAUCAAGUUAUUUCUCUUCAUUUUUCAUUUGGGUGGUGAGGGGGGUUAAUGAACUGAAAGGGUUUUUAAAUUUGCUCCAGUUUAGGGUAAUGACAGUAACAUACAUUCAUGGUAAAAUCUGGCAAUACAGUCUAAGUCUACUAUUGGUCAAGCAACUAAAAUGUACACGUGUAAAUAAAAUCCUGUCAACAUUG